CGCGUGACUCGCGACGCGAAGUCAGUUUUUAUUGUUGCUAGUUUGGUGUAGCUACUGCCGAUUUAUUGACAAAUUAUUAAGCCAAUUCCAUAGAGGAUUAUUUUCAAUUUUGGUCAAAAAGUGUGAAUUUGUUUUAUUUCAAGUGUAAAAUAGUACUCCAACGACAAACCCGCGAGUGAGCAAAAAGGCAAAAAAAUCGGUGAGCAAAACAAAAGCUCCGCGUCACCGACAGACAGCGGGCAGCUUCAAGGGCGCAGCAGCCUCCACCGACACCGGCCGGCCGGCACUGAUCACAGUGGAACGAGCCGCGAAGCCGCAUCAUUGCGCUGUCGACGCUUUGCCACAACACACGUUUCGCACGGAUCUUCAAAAAUAAACAAUGCUCACCACGCCGGCCGAUACUUUCCAACUGUUUUAAGAAGUUGUUGGUGGAUGUUGAUGUCCGAGUCCGAAAUUCGGGAAUUUUAUAAACAAUGCAUUUAUUAAUUGUAUUGAGUGCAAUUGUCUGCGCUAGUGUCGAGAUCAUCCAGGGCGCCAAUGUGUUUCAUAAGUGUUGUGCGAACAAUCAGGGCUUAAUGAAAGUGUUCGAUGAUGAAGCCUUUAACUUAAGCUUUUCUUAUGAGUGUAUAGAUCGUGAAAGUGCGUGGACUGACUAUAAUAUUACUAUAACUCCUCUUUUUAUUGGUAAAAACAUAUCGUUGGAGUAUGGUAUACCUGAUAAAUGUGAUGAUAAUCUAACGCAAGAAAUAUUAGCUAUAGAGUUAUUCGAUCAGUCAGAACCAUUUAAUGGCUGUUUUGACAGACUUGUGGCAGAAUUGCAAAAUGGCACUGUAAAAGCAAUAACUCCUGUAGUUGUAGGAAUUAAAAGUUGUGUAAAAAAUGAGGAAAGGAACACAUCUGAAAAUAAUUUGAUUAUUAAUUAUUAUCGAAAGUGUUGUCCAAGGGGGCAGAGCUAUGACAGUAAUUAUCAUAUAUGUAGAGACACUGAGGUGAAUAACUCUGAAGAAUGGCUAUUGAAGCGGUUAAAAAUGAACGAUAAUCAUAUUUACGAGGUGGAUAAUGGACUUCGCUGUGAAUUAAAUGAAUAUGGCAUAGAGUUGAGACAAAGGUUCUUUUCACUCAAAGUGAAUGGAAGUACUUUAAACAUUUUUAGCAAAAAAGGCGACGGUAGCGGCGAAGCUGCUCCGGGACAGUGGUGUUUGGACCGGGAGUUUUCGAGUUCGGAGUUAGUGGCGCGAGUGUGUGAUCGUAGUUGUUCCAAGUACGGUGCAUUUUGUGUGAGAAAGUGUUGCCCCAUCGGAUACCACUACAGACCUAUGUACUGCGGCAGGUUAAACAGCAAGUGUGUGCCGAACGUGGACGAUGUGUUGUUUGACAUAUCGGACUAUUUGGAACCAUUGCAACAUGCAAACCCUGAAAUAACAGAUGUAAUGGGGCUGAGGUUCGAUUUGCAUUGCAAUGGUCGAGUGGUGUUGAACAAGUCCUUGGAACGGGACCGACAUCGGCUGACACCUGAUGGUCGUCUCAUCUCACCAAUCAGCGUGGGCGACGGCUACUGUUUUGAAGCCUUUGAUAAUCGCUUCUGUCCUGGCGGUAGCGUUUUCAUCACUGCCGUCAACUGCUUCAUAAAGGCUCCCGAAGUAGUGAAGAACUUUCAAGUAUCUUUCAUCUUGAUCUGUAUAUCGAGUGUGUGUAUGGCGCUGACACUGUUGGUGUAUAUAUCAAUUCCGGAGCUUCGGAACCUGCAUGGACGUACCCUCAUCUGCCAUGUCAGUAUGAUGUUGCUCGCAUUCUGCUGCCUCGCGAGAGCCCAGUACAGCCGAGUAGCCGACAACACGGCCUGCACUCUUAUUGGGUACGGGAUCUACUUCGGCUUCGUGGCCGCGUUCGCCUGGCUCAACGUCAUGUGCUUCGACAUCUGGUGGACAUUUGGGAGUGUCCGGUCUGUUCAGCCGAUGCGUAAAGCCAACACGGAGUUGCGUCGAUUCCUCUGGUACUCCUUGUACGCGUGGAGUACUGCCAUCCUCCUCACUCUCGUCAUGUUCAUCUUGGACAAGUACCCGGUGUCUGACUACCUGGACGCCAACAUGGGGCAAGGACUGUGCUGGUUCGGAACUUAUCAGAACGCGCGAAAUGACUGGCCGCAUUAUAUAUACUUCGUGAUCCCCAUGGGUUUGGUGACUUGCGUUAAUUUCGUGCUGUGGGUGCUGACCGCUCGACACUGCGCGAGGGUCAAGUCCGAGGUUCAUCGCCUCCAAGCCGGCUCCAUGGGUGACCGCGUCAAGAGACGGUUCCGAGUCGACAGAGCAAAGUAUGUGUUGACUGGAAAGCUCUGGAUAGUGAUGGGUGCCGGCUGGAUCUCCGAGCUAUUGUCCACAAUAGUAUCACAGCCGUGGUGGUUAUGGACCAUCAUCGACCUGAUGAACGAGCUCCAAGGAGUCCUCAUUUUCCUCAUUCUUGUCAUGAAGCCCAAACUUUAUUACCUCAUCAGAAAGAGGCUAGGGUUGGAGAAGCCAGAUGCUCAGAAGAACGGUACAUCAUCGUCAGCGCGGACAUCUUCAACGUUCCUGUCUCGAGCGCUCAGCACUGACGAGCGUACCAACACGCGGCUCUCUCUACAGAAUAAUGUCAAGCAGCCUUAACUAUAUCGACAUGGAGUCGCCACUAAAUCUCUGCCUAUUUGGGUGACUGUGGCCGAAAUUAUUAAUCAUUUUUGAGCAACUUUAAUUUUGUAGGUGUUUCGAAUGGAUUUUGAAUGAAAAUCUGAUUCGAAUUAAAUAAUGUUGUAUUUAGGAUUGCGGUUACAAUUUUGAAUUUGACUUGAAUUGCGAUAGGUACGUAUAACAAAAUAUACGUGCGUCUACCGAGCGGUUGGUUUUGAGAAGAGUGAACUUGUUGCGCCGGAUAUUCGCAGCGCGUAUCCAGUGUUGUCCGCUUUGCCGCAACAGUAGGUGUCAAAACUUCUUCGUAAACGUUAAGGAAGCAACUGAUGAAGUUAAUAAUUUCGGCCACAGCCUGUCCAUAAAGUUCUCGACACAAUAAAUAAUAAGCUUCUGAUAGCAUGUAAUUGUUUGCAUCGAAUCACCGUAUUCAUUUUAAUACUUUUUCAAAAUUAUAUUAAUAUUGAUCUAGUCAUAGAUUAAGUGAUUAUUAAAGUGUCAUCCAUCAUUCAUUAUGUGAAAUUGAAAUUUGUGCUUUGUUUGUAUGAUUGUAAGGCUCUAAGUCUAACACAAAAUAUGAUUGUGACUGAAGUGCCUAUUUGAAAGCUGUUCUGAACAAGUCUUCGUUUUAUACAUUGAGCAUUUUAAAUGUUUUAGAUUAUAAGUAUACAGUCUUAUUCCAUAACUAUACAUGAAUAUACGUAUUUACAUAAAUAGGUGCGUUAGUUGAUUAAUAGACAAUGCGUUUGUUGUUGAUCCAAGUGAAACCUUGAGACUUAUUGAUUUAGGUCCUCACUCGCUUAUGUACCUUCUGUUAUGGUGUAGCUUGCUAUUGUAAUCAUAUUAAUAUUGUUAACAUUAUAUUGUUAAUUGAAAUGGAAUUGUAAAAGUGAUUAUGGUUUGAUUGAUUUGCGAAUGGAGACCGAUAAUAAUUAAAAGGGGAAGUUUUAAACUUUCUUUUAUAGAUCAAAGAUCUUAACGUAACUUUAAUAAGAUUUUGGUGAUUAACGGCUUAUUAUCUCAACGAGACAAAAUCAUUUU